AUGAUAAGACAUGGUCAUCAAGCUAAGUUCACUGCAUCGGGGUUUUACUGGAACUUUUGCUGGGGCAAGAAGGAAAAGAAAACCCUGUUGUGCUUUCUGAGCAAAGUCAAGAGAAAACCACCUCAGCAAGAGCUAAGCUCGCAAGGCCUAGACGCAUCGCAGUUCAAAGUUGCGAAUCCAUGGGAAGAUGUCUCUGUCAGAAUGGGGAAUGUAUCUGGCAAGAAAUCGAAGUCGAUCUCCGAAGCCGAGGUGGUAGCAUAGCUCAAAGUCUGCCUUCAUUUCGACCGCCCUCAGGAAACCAUCUACACACGAUUUAGCACUCUAAUAUUACAGCAAGAUUUUAAGGGUAAAUUUUACCUCAAGGGACUUAUAUUGGAGAAGAUGGCCAACUCAAAAUACUUUAGAUAUGGGUAUGACUUUGCUCAAGGCCAAAUCGGGCAGGAUAGGAAGGGUACGGAUGACCCCGAGCAAUUGGGAUAUCACUUAGCAAAAAUUUGGGUAGAAGCAAUUACACAGGACAACUCCAAGUCACUUGACAUUUAUGUUGCCAUGCUUUUGGAUACAGAAAAAAAAUGGUGGGAUGUGAGUAAUAUAUCUGGUCUAAUGACUAAAACCAUGGCUGAAGCUAUCUGGAAGAGACUCCUAGAACAGGAUCCACAAAAAAAAGACAUUUUACCACGGAUCGCAAAAUGCUGA